AUGGCUCAGCCGCCGGCGGGAGAUCCUUAUUCUCGACGACAGAGUUUACCACCCUUUAGUUCCCUCCUGGUCGGUGCCAGCAAUCCAAAUGUGUUUGGCCAGCCCCGCCGGGAAGAGGUGACGAGGGAGCAAGCAUUGCUUAGCGGUGACUCCAUGGCUAAACAUGCCGCUCAAUCAAAUACCUUUGCAAGCUCCGAUGUACAUGCGUCCAUACUUGCUCAGUCUCACACCAUGAAUCAUCCGGUCUGGUCCUACCCGAAUACGAGUCGUUCAGAACUUCAACCCACCACGUCUGGCCCUUCAGCAACAAACGCAUCUAUCGAUCCUGGGCCUGGUCGUGCCACUGUGGAAGAAGAUGUCAUUGACGGGUCAGGUAGCUGCCACACCAACGAGGGCGGUAUGAUUUGUUCAAGGGAUGUCGAUGGUGACGGCCUCAACUCCACGUGGAGCACCACCAGAGCAAACAAACUAAGAAAGCGUACGGGGCAGGCUUGCGAUGGUUGCCGGGAGAAAAUGAUGAAAUGUGACUUCAAGUUGCCUAAAUGCACGGUGUGCAAGAACAAUUUCCGUGAAUGCACGCUUGGCUCAGCGCCACGUGCUACAGUGCGACAAUCCGGCUAUCCGAUGUCGAUACCUCCAACCUCGCCGUUCACAAGCAUCAACCGGAUCCGUGACGGCUACACCCCUCUUGAGUAUACGUACCCUCAGUCCUCGUCGAGGGCGUCAAUGCCGCGAAAGGACAACAUGCUUUCUCCCGUCUCCGAUAAACAGAAUAACCACCACGAGGACGGAUCAGAUAACCCACCACCAGCAAAGAGGCCUCGUAUUUCCCCAUCUCCUCGCCCUCGAUCACAAGGCCAGGUGUCCGCUAGUUCGGGUACAGAAUCUCUUGGAGGUUCCGUUUCCUCGCCAUCAGCCACGUCCAACUUCUCUUGGGACGUGGACCCGUAUCAAUUAAGCCGCAGCUUGACGAUGCACUACACCGAUAAAUAUUUCGAGUACGUGGACAGCGUCACGUGUUCCAUUCUACCCAAAGAACUGUUCCAGCAGUGGAUCCGGACUUGCCGCGCCAAGUCACCGGCUGACCAGAUGUUGCUGUAUGCAAUUCUGGCAAUGGGAACCGUCUUUGCGUCGUCGAAACCAGAAUCGAAGCACCAUCAAGAUGUGUUUCUCGAAAUCGUGAACAAAGCUGUCAUCAAGAAUGGGGACAUGUUCAGCUUGCAACUGAUCCAGACCAAACUCAUCUUGGCUCUUUUCGCGUUUUCCCAAGGCCAGUACAACCAGGCAGGCGACCAUUGUGGUUCUGCUGUGCGAAUCGCUGUUGGUCUGAGAUACCACAUGGAGGAGGGAGUCUCAACGAUCGAAGGUCAGGAAGCAUGUGAUUUUGGCUUAUGCCAUGAAAUGUUGGUCGAAUGCAGGCGCCGAACGUUCUGGUCGGCAUACCUGAUGGACAGCUUUAGUCGUUGCUGGUCUACAUCCGUGGCUACCGUCAGCCGUUCUGAUUGUGACCUCCGCCUACCAUGUCCCGAGGCCGCCUACGAGAUGGGGCACGUCCCCCUGACACCGCUCACUCUUCACCUGCCCAAGAACUCCACAGAAAGUCAACCUAGUUCCCCUCGUUCCCUUCCAGAAUCCUCAGAAAUCGGUGCUUUUGGUUAUCUGGUGGAGAUAGCCGCCAUCUUCAAUGAGGUCAUGAGCACCAUUUCCAGGGGUAGAGCUCAGUCUCCAGCGAAAGAUCGGGUGGUGAUGGAUGCCUUCCGCCAGGACAUCAUGGGUCGGCUCAAGACGUGGGAUCAACACAUCAAGAAACACGUCCGCCACGGUCGAGAUGGACGAGAAAAACCCAGUGGUUUCCACAUUCUCUAUCAUUAUUCCAUCAUGAUACUGAACCGCUACGUUCACCAUGCGGAGAUGGACCAGUUGCGGAUUAGCGUCUGUGCAAGGCAAGUAUAUGACCAUGCUCGUCAGCUGUUGCAAUUGAUACAACAACUGGCUGAGCGCGGGGACGGCAAACACAACUCGUCCUUUCAAUUUGUCACAUUGAGUCCCUUUAGUGGAUUCGCCAUCACAGCGGCGCUGGACGUCAUUACCGCGGCAGGACCAGUGUCAAGUCUGAUGGGCCACGAGAGCCAAAUCAUGGCUUUAAUUGCGAGUGCCAUCCCGGUGUUGGAAGGCUUGAAGGAAUUUUGGCAUAGUGGUCGCCGGCAGCAUGAGAUGGCCGACAAGAGGUUGAGAGCUCUUCUGAGGGUAUCGAGCAAGGCCUCAGAGUUCAACGGCGCCUACUUCUUUGCGCACCCAAUCCAAAGUCCCCUUGACUUGGAUCAUGACAUUGUCUACGGGCUUCCGCGGCGCACCUACUUUGCAGCGAUGGGGUGGGAGGAGUCACUCCAUCCUGAUGGGGAAUUUCAACGACUGGACUAG